AUGCAUGGCUGGCCAAAUUUUGUGGCGGAUGAAGCUCUACGCCCAUAUGUCACAAGGAGAAAUGAGUUCUCAGCAGAGCAAGGCUGUAUACUGUGGGGAAUGCGAGUGGUUAUACCACCUAUAUACAGAGAGGGAUUACUAAACGACCUGCAUGAAGAACACCCAGGUAUUUGUCGUAUGAAGGUUUUGGCUAGGUCUUAUCUGUGGUGGCCAGGUUUGAUGGCGGAUAUAGAACGGACGGUACAGAGCUGUAGAACCUGUAUGGUGGUACGCAAGAUGCCAGCUGUUGCUCCUUUGCACCCGUGGAAAUGGCCUACCAGAGUAUGGCAGAGGAUACAUAUUGACUUUGCAGAGAAGGACAAGGAGCAUUUCUUGGUGGUGAUUGAUAGUCAUUCUAAGUGGCUGGAAGUUUUCCACAUGUCAACAACCACAGCAACCAGGACCAUUGAAGUGCGACGGGGACUGUUUGCUUCUUAUGGUUUACCUGAAGAAGUAGUUUCAGACAACGGACCGCAGUUUAUCUCAACUGAAUUUGAAAAAUGUAUAAAGUGGAAUGGAAUUCAACAGACUCUAGUGCCUGCUUACCACCCUGCAUCAAACAGGGCUGCAGAGAGGUCAGUUCAAACACUGAAACAAGCUCUUUUGAAGCAAGUGAUCAAUGUGGAUCAAGUGAUCGUCAAUCUUCGCUAG